AACUGAACUUAGACCUUCACCCAAAUAAACUACCUGACCAGGUCCUGGCACACAUGCUUGCUUGAUAAUGGCGUUCACUGAAGAUCAGGUAAAAUUAGCUUAUAUAGUUUACCUGUAGCAUAUAUAAGCCCGUUGACAUCUGUUUAAUUGCAGCACUCUCUUCCAAGCGCCUGGACAUCAAGACAUGGAUAAAUCACAGCUGCUAAUGUUUCGCACGGCGCAAAACCAGAUGCAGAGCCAGAUCAUUAUAUUCAAUUCGCCCAUCGACUACGCGGAUCAGCAGCUUAUAGUCUGCCAGUAUCCUAGCAGUGGCUACUGUGUUGUCUACAAACGAGAUCACUAUAUUAUAAAUGCUGAGCCCAACUAUUUGAGUCCAACUAAGCGCAGCUUUCUCAACGAAUGCAUAAGGCAAUUGUAUUUGAUGAAUGGAUUCGCACACAAUCUGCAUUGGUCGUCCAGCAAUUCGCCCAACAGUCGACAGGAGAUUUGGCAACAGGUGGACAACUGUUUGCAGCCAGAACGUCUGAGUCCCAGGUCCGCCAGUCUGCAGCGUGUAAAGCGUCAGUUGUUCCGAGAGUCGCUGCGUCAACGCAAAGGCACACCGCGCUCCCGUGGCAAGUUGUGGGGCACGCAGGCCUUCAACUUUAAGCCGCUUCGUCAGCAAAUUGGGCGCCACCAUAUUAGACGUGGCUACUUGGCAGCGGCUCGCCAAAUAGUUCUGCGGCAACUCAUACAUGAGAAUCUUAAACGGGAAAUUAUGAAUACGACGACUGCAACCGAAGGCGUCAUAAGAGUCACCGCUCAGCGUUUGCUUGCCAACCAAGCACGUGCGCCAUGCCCGCUACAUCCACAUGGCCCAGGGAGCCACAAGCUGAGGAGUCAGGAAGCUUUACUGACGCAGCAGGAGAUGCGGCGAGCUGUGCAGAGCCAUCAGCGUAUACUGGAAGAAUCGGUGCGUUCGUUUUUCUAUGCCAAGGAGCUAUUUCGUCUGAUUGAGCAACACGAUGAUCUUGCUCGCCAGGACAAUCAGAUAAUGCGCAGUGGUUGCGCCUAAACAACGAUAAUUUUUUU